CGCACAGGAAGACGAAAGUGUUAUGUCGCGUCAGUCGUCCCUUGCCAUUCGGAGUCUGUGAUGUUUUGUGAUUCAUAAUGCACAUAGGAUUUAAUUACAUCGUGAUAAGGACGGGGAGCCAGUUAGAGACGGGCUGGAAACCGAUUUAGCUAUGUUAGCCAUCAGGUCGUCAGAGGAGGAGUCCACUGAGAUGGAGGAGAUGGACACCUCGGAUCCCAAAUGGUGCUGGUUCUACUUGGCUGAGUGUGGAGUUUGGCACAUGUUUGAGAUUGAUCCCAGUGCCGCGUGCUCUGUGACUAGUGCUCAGAUUGAGCAGUGCUACAGCAGAAACCAACGAGGUGUCAUGGAAUUCUACACAGCCAAGUACACCUACAGACUGGACUUCUCAGUGAUGCGACAGAUAAAUGUAACGACAGGGAAGCAGCGGCCAAUCAAACGCUCCCUCCACUCUGCAACUGGCUUCAGGUUUAUAUGUGAUAAUCUUGCCUUGCCUGUUCCGUGUCAUUGGGAGAGAAUAAAUACUGAUGAGCCCUAUCAGCUUAUCCAGCUCGGAAGAGACACCUAUGAGUUUAAAGAAGUCGCCAGGCUGUAUGAAAGGACUAUGGAUCAUCCAAUCAAAUCCAUCCAGAGGAUUCAGAACCUCGACUUAUGGGAAUUCUUCUGCAGGAAGAAAACGCAGUUGCGAAAAGUCAAGCGCACAUUGGACAUUGAGGAGCGAAUGCUGUUCCACGGCACAGGACACAGCAACAUACAAGCUAUAUGUACAUUUAACUUUGACUGGCGGCUGACAGGAAGCCAUGGCGAUGUCUAUGGCAAAGGAAGCUACUUUGCACGGGAUGCCAAAUAUUCCAGUAAAUUCUGUCACACCACAGGGAAGCACAACACCACCCUGCAGAGACACGGACUCGCCCCGCCGAUAUUUGCGACUGAGCCGCCCUACAAGACCAUGUUCCUGGCCAGAGUGCUUGUUGGCGAACACAUAGUCGGUCACCCUAUGUACUGCAGACCGCCGUCCAAGGAUGCCAGCUUCACCAACUUUUAUGACAGUUGUGUGGACGAUGUGGCCAAUCCAAAGAUUUAUGUCAUUUUUGACAGCAAUCAGAUUUACCCAGAGUACCUGGUUGAGUUCUACUGAAGCCUGUUUUUAUAGAGGCUGGAUCUCUAAACAUGGAAACAUUUUGGAUACAGAUGACGGGAUGAAAAUUGGAAAUAAAAAGGAGGCGGCUUAAGGGACAUUUGCCUUUUUCUUUCAGUCAGAUCCAGUGCCGAACUGGAACAUGUGUCAUCUAAAGUGCCUUUGGGGAAAUUGGAAAGACAAAGACUUCGUGUACAGUUUGUGUACAUUCUGAGACAGGCCCCUGUGGUUGGAAUGGUUUCCGCGACAUAAAAAUGAUGAAAAUGCUGACUAAAGAUCAGUCUUUGUGGCAAUUUUUGUAUUCGAUGCAUAAAUCUGUGCUUGCUUGUUCAAUAUCCAGUGCACAGUUGUUUAAAAUAUGAGUGGGACUUGCAGCCUGUAGGUUAUGGGUGAUGUCCUGCCAUCGGCCACAGCCCCUCCUCCACAUCCACAGUGCCACGCAUGAGCUUAUUUACAAGUCAUGUAGACAUAACUCCAAAUGACGAAACCAAAAAACGGCAACACGUUCCUGCUCACUCAUUCAGUUAGUGACAUCUGUGUGUACUUAGUACAACGUAUUAUGUAGGCAUGGGGUUUUGUUUUUAUUCAAAAGAACGCUUCUACCUCUGCAUUUUUUUUAAACCAUGCAUCUGUGCACUUUUUUCCCCCCCUUUCCAUGAAAGGUUUUGUAUUUGUGUCACAGUGACAUAAAGUUGUGAUGUCUUGUUUCACUUGUGGUCCUUUUUAGCAAUAUGUUUCUGUGUAACUUUGUUGACCGUUGACUUGAGUCUUUAAAAGACGUGACAAUGGCCGAGGUUGGAUUUUUUUUUUGUAUGCGUUGGCAGCCAAGUUCAUUCCAAACCAAAACUAGAUCAGCAUCACAUUUGACUUAAAACCAUCCCGAGUGUGAUGUCACCACCUGCGAAAGAUGUUUCUUUAAGGAAUAAGCAGGUUCCCUUUGCACCUGGUGUAAAUCUAUCUUUAAAAAAAAAACUGAAUGUAGCCAGCACAUGUAUAGUACUGUAAUGAAAAUGAACCACAAAAUGUAAUAUUGCUUUGCCGCGUGUGCAUUUGUUGAAUCCAUUGAAUGACUGUGUGUGUGUUUUUGAGAAAGGAGAGCAACAAAAUGAAUCAUAUUGGCCACAAGGUGGCGGAACAGUGCAAGGAUGCAUUUCCUUGUAAAUGCAAGUGAAGGAAACAAACGGAUGUUUCCAGUCAUAACAUUAGAGAUGUGUGUGUGUGUGUGUGUGAGUGUAGGGUGUAUGAAGCUAUAUGUGUGUGUCUAUAAUUUGCACAUCUUACAACUAAUAAACUUUUCAGCGU